UCGUCAAUGUAUCCGGAGAGGGUUUCAUAGACUGCGGUGAUAUAAGAGAGGUUUGUUCAUCAUAAAUUUCAUCAUAUUGGUUCAUGGUUUCCGAAGUCGUUGAUUUUCAAGGUCGAACAACGUUGAACGUUGCACGCAAAAUCCUCCUGUUGUACUGAGACUGAAAAGGAAACACAACCUAAUUGGUGGCUGUGUACCCUCAACUUCUCACCGCUGCGCCAUGCCUGCAUACCACUCUGCUUUCAACGAGUUCCCUGAUGCAAUGCAAGCUGGCAACAUGUCCAUCUUGCCGAUCAGAACCAAAAUCCGUGGUCCUGCUCCCCUUUCCGAUCCAGAGCAAGGAGAUAUCAUAGACGAGACCCUUGACCUUUUUCGCGCCAAUUCGCUCUUCCGCAACUUUGAGAUCAAAGGGCCUGCGGACCGACUGUUAAUCAUCCUCAUUCUCUAUAUCUCUGAUUGCUUGGCGAAGAUCGGUUCUGCUCGCACAGUGCCAACGCAGAUUGAAGCAUCAAAGAUGUUGAAUACUUUAUCUGUAGACAAUUUCGCUAUCCCAGGUGAUGCUGGAUUCCCUCUUAAUGCCCAUUAUGCCCCGCCUCAGAGCAGAGCAGAUGCAGAGUAUCUGCGGACAUACUUGACGCAGGUCCGCCAGGAACUGGCGUCUCGUCUGGUGGAACGCCUGUAUGCUGACGGGACGGGCAAGCCAAGCAAGUGGUGGAUGGCAUUCCAGAAAAGAAGGUUCAUGAACCGCAGCCUAGGCUCGUAAAUCAGAGGAGCAGUUGUAUAAUCCCGUCCCAAUUAA